AUGAGAUUGCAAUAUUUUUCAGCGAUUUUUGCAAGACAUUUUAGGAUUAUUGGAGGUGAAAACGCAGGUCUCCAUGAAUUUCCAUACUUUGCAUCAUUUCGUUGGAUCUCAUCUAAUAUUCAUUUUUGUGGUGGUGCUAUUGUGAGCCAACGUUAUAUUGUUACAGCGGCCCACUGUGUUUCUGACUUACAUAAAAAAAAGCGCGAUGUAGCAAUUUAUGUGGGAGUUAGUAAUAAAAAUACUUCUGGAACGAUGCUUACAAUUCGUAACAUCCACGUUGAUCCCGAAUACUCAUCGAUAACUAAUGUUGAACAAAUGAACCGGCACGACUUUUCUAUUGUUAAAGAAACAAUUAUUUUUAACGAAGCUCAAAACAAAGUUGAGCUUGAAAAUCAAGAGAUUCGUGAAAACGAUCUUGUCUUGCUAAGCGGUUGGGGAUCAAUUUCUUAUCCGAAUAAUGAUUUUGCGGACAUUUUACAAAAGACAACCAUGAGAAUUCUUGACAAUAAUAAGUGUUCCCAGAGAGUUGGCUUUGUCGUUCACUAUGAGCAAGUAUGUGCAUUCAAACGUAAAGGAAUUGGCGCAUGUAUUGGUGAUAGUGGUAGCCCACUGGUCAUAAAUGGAAAACUUGUUGGAAUUUCUUCGUUUGUACUACCAUGUGCUUUAGGCCAACCUGAUAAUUGUUUGUGUUAG